UCCGCUGUCCCGAGCUCCGCAGCAUCCUCCCGCUACCCCGCGCCCGCACGCUCCCCGCCGCUGCCAGGCCUCCGGGCGCCUUCCCGGGAGCCCCGCCGCUCCCCUCGCCACUUCGCACCAACUUCAGCGGCCAACCUUUGAAGUUUGCAGCGCCCACCGCGAAGUUGGGGCACUCGGGCAGAAGCAGCAGUUUUCUAUCUGCCGCCGUCCCCGCCAUCCAGUCGUCCGGAUCCUGGUCCUUACCAUCUUGGCGGGAUCCGGGUACCGGGUUUCGCGCACCUCGGGGAGAAGUCUCCCCUUCUCUCUAGGAAAAAAAAAAAAAAAACAAAACCCGAAGUUUUAAAGGAUGGUGCUGCCACACUGGUGUCUGCUUUGGCUGCUGUUGCCACUCACCUCCAGGACCCAGAAGCUGCCCACUCGAGAUGAGGAGCUUUUUCAGAUGCAGAUCCGGGAUAAGGCAUUUUUCCAUGAUUCAUCAGUGAUUCCAGAUGGAGCUGAAAUAAACAGCUAUCUCUUUAGAGAUACAGCUAAAAGGUACUUCUUUGUGGUUGAAGAAGACAACACUCCAUUGUCGGUCACUGUGACUCCUUGUGACGCACCUUUGGAGUGGAAGCUUCGCCUCCAGGAGCUGCCCGAGGAGACGAGUGCUGAAGGCUCAGGUGAUCCUGAACCUCUGGAGCAGCAGAAGCAGCAGGUCACCAAUGAGGAAGGCACUGAGCUGUUCUCCUACAAAGGCAACGAUGUCGAGUACUUUUUGUCUUCUAGUUCUCCAUCUGGUUUAUAUCAGUUGGAGCUUCUUUCAACAGAGAAAGAUACACAUUUCAAAGUAUAUGCCACCACCACUCCAGAGUCUGAUCAGCCAUACCCAGAACUACCAUAUGACCCCAGAGUUGACGUAACCUCUCUUGGACGCACCACGAUUACUUUAGCUUGGAAGCCAAGCCCCACAGCCUCUUUACUGAAACAACCCAUUGAAUACUGUGUGGUCAUCAACAAAGAGCACAAUUUCAAAAGUCUUUGUGCAGUUGAAGCAAAAUUGAGUGCAGAUGAUGCCUUCAUGAUGGCCCCAAAACCUGGCCUGGACUUUAGUCCCUUUGACUUUGCCCAUUUUGGAUUUCCUUCAGAUAAUUUGAGUAAAGAACGCAAUUUCCUAGCAAAGCCUUCUCCAAAGCUAGGACGCCAUGUCUACUGGAGACCCAAGGUUGACAUUCAGAAAAUCUGCAUAGGCAACAAAAACAUCUUCACUAUCUCUGACUUAAAACCUGACACACAGUACUACUUUGAUAUCUUUGUGGUCAAUGCCAACAGCAACAUGAGCACUGCCUAUGUGGGUACCUUCGCCAGAACCAAGGAAGAAGCAAAGCAGAAGACCGUGGAGCUCAAAGAUGGGAGAGUUACAGAUGUCUUUGUCAAAAGGAAGGGAGCCAAGUUUCUCCGAUUUGCUCCAGUCUCUUCCCACCAAAAAGUCACCAUCUUUAUUCACUCUUGUCUGGACACUGUCCAGAUCCAAGUGCGAAGAGAUGGGAAACUACUUCUCUCACAGAAUGUGGAAGGCGUCCGGCAGUUCCAGCUGAGAGGAAAGCCCAAAGCAAAGUAUGUCAUUCGACUGAAAGGAAACAAGAAAGGAGCUUCCUUGUUGAAAAUCCUGGCCAGCACCAAGCCGAGCAAGCAGGCUUUCCCCUCUCUUCCCGAAGACACGAGAAUCAAAGCCUUUGACAAGCUGCGUACCUGUUCUUCAGUUACAGUUGCUUGGCUAGGCACCCAGGAAAGGAACAAGUUUUGUAUUUAUAAAAAAGAAGUGGAUGAUAACUACACUGAAGACCAGAAGAAAAGGGAGCAAAACCAAUGCCUAGGACCAGACACAAGGAAGAAAUCAGAAAAGGUCCUCUGUAAAUAUUUCCACAGUCAAAACCUACAGAAAGCGGUGACUACUGAAACAAUCCAAGGUCUAGAGCCUGGCAGAUCUUACCUGCUGGAUGUUUAUGUCAUAGGGCAUGGGGGUCACUCUGUGAAGUACCAGAGUAAAGUUGUGAAAACAAGGAAGCUCUGUUAGUUACCUACCUUGUAUAAAGAGAUCUUAUAUAAAACUUGAAGAGGGUCAUUGAAUCACUUUCCCUAAAACUGACUACUCCCACAGCUGAUAGAAGUUGUGCCCUGUAUUUGGACUGUGGAAGGAAAGACAUCCACAUGUGUAUAUUGAUGUCAAUAUAGCAUAACUUGGAGACUUUGUUUAGUACCCCAUGGUACUUAGGGUACAUGUGUUUAUUGCCAGCUGAUGUCAAGGGAGGAGGAUACCUUGAAGAAACUGCCAUCCCUUGCUUUGAUCACUGCAUGGACUGCUUCUAAAUUAUUUUAUUACCUAAAAAAAUUUAAAUAUGCCAUUCAUUGCACAAUUCACAAAUGAAAAUUAUUCCUCUCUAUAGAUGCUAGGGGAUAUAUAUAUAUAUACAUAUAUAUAUAUAAAUUAUUUUAUAAAGUGUUUUAAAUGUCAGUGUUUCUAUUAUUGUAAACUACUAAAUUCCUUCUCUGUUAAAAUAUAGAUCUAAGUAUUAUUAAGUUGACAGUCCUCUAGACAGUUACAUUGCUCUUGUAAAUUCUUUUCUGUCCAGUAACAUGUUUAAAUACUGUAUAUAUCUCAUGUACAAAGUUGACACAUGUUGUAUUCAUGUACAUAAAAUUAAGGUUAUUAGAUUAUUGUACUGUUUAUUUUCCCAAGAAGCUACCUUGGUAUAUUCAAUUUCUAAUCUGUUCUUAAACAUUGGACUCUUUUUCGUAGUUAAGAGCCAUAUCUCUUAACAGUUACUAUGGCAUCAGGAACAGUUAUUAAAAUCUUCAUUUUGGCAUUUAGUAGGAGCCAGCCUUUGUGGGAGCAGAAAGAGCUUUGAUAGACUUGUUUUACAAGAGGACAAGGCAAGCACUGCCAACUCCACAGGCCGUCAACAAAUCAUCCGCAACAUCUCAAAAUACAUCACAUUUAAACAUUUAUUAUAAGUGCUGAAGCUGAGAUAUUUAUUUAGUGUUUUCCAUCUACUUGAAUAUUAAUGAAGUAGUCAUACUAACCUCUAGCUGAAGCAACUGAGCACACACCAAUCAGGAUUUGGGUGAGUAAUGACUGUAAAAGCCACUGCUUUUGACAUUCAAUUUCCAUGGAUUGUCUCAAAAUCUUGGCAUAAGACACAAUGUAAGCAGAGCAUAUCUAAGGCCAUCCAUUAUAGCCUGCACAAAGAGCAGUUUUAUCCUAUACAGGUUCUGUUCAUAAAUCCUAAGGUAUCAUGAGACUACAAGAUCUGGGUUCAGGAAAGCCUGAAAUUUGCAAUCACCCACAACAGUAUGGCUUUAGGAAGAUCAUUUACUUUUCAUUUGUUUUUUCCAUCUAUAAAAUGCAGGUCAUGAUUAGUUUGAAUAAGCUGGCACUGUUAGAAACCUUCUGUCAUCAGAGGUCGUGUCUUUUAGACCUCUAUGUAUAAAUUGUGAAGUUCUG